AGAUUCGAAAACGAACUCAGAACCAACAAUCUCCUUUAAAGAAAAAACUAAACUUUGAGCUCACUCCUCUCUCUCUUUUCCUUUCUCUCUCUUCUCUCUCGUCCUAGUUUAAUGAUGUUGGAAUGCCUUAAAUCUGAUAUUUGUCAUUUCAAACGACCAAAUUGUCCUCUUACUUUGUCCGACACAUGAACCAUGUAAAUCUAUGUGUAGAUUCUCUAUUUCUUUACACACUCAUCUUUUGUAUAGUCAAAUAAAUAAUUUUUUUUGUUUGUGGAUAAAAGAGAUUAAAGUAUGAGUGCAGCCUAAUCAUUUUUAAUAUUCUGUUAUCUUUAUUUGGGGAUCCAUAACAAAUGUAGAUGAUUUGAAGUAGUUAGCCAUAAGGAGAGAAAGAAAGAAAAAUCAAAUGAAAAUACUGAGAAAGACAUCUCCUCUUCCUACCAGAAGGGAAAAAGAAGAGGCGUUCAUGAGACAAUCCCAUUUCACCAAACCUCAAAUUAGACUAACAAAAACCUAAUUCUCAACGUAAAGCUUUUCUCUUUUUCUCUCUCUCUAAACCCCAAAUCAAUGUCGUCGUUAUAUUUCAACUUCCUUCUCUUCAGCAAACCCAAUACUAAUUUUCUUCUUCUCGAAUGCAGCCGUCUCGCCGUAAAUUCUCUCUUUUCUCUUCAGAAAUGGCGGCAAUGAAAGCUCGAAAGAACAACAACCUCUCUAUAUUUGCAGUCGUUUUCUCCGUUUUUCUGUUUGGGGUUUUCAUGUACAAUGAAGACGUGAAGUCCAUUGCUGAAUUUCCAUUUUCCGGUUCUAAAACAGAGGGCGUUCAAGAACAGAGUGAAAAACAGAGCUCCCCUGUUCACAACGCUUUCCAAACUGACGUUUCGGUGAGUUCAAGAUCCCAACUCGGAACGAAUCAGGUGGAGAAUUCAGAAGAAACAGAAUCAGAAAUAGAAACGGAUGAAUCCGUUAAUCUGAAAUCCAUUGUUUCAAAAGAAGAUGAAGAACAGAGCAAUCAGAAAGUUGAUCAAUUGCCAGUGAUUGAAGAAGAAGAUGACGACGAUGUUGAAUUGCCCCCUGAAGAAUGCGAUCUGUAUAAUGGAGAUUGGGUUUUUGACAACACUUCUUAUCCUUUAUAUAAAGAAGAUGAAUGUGAAUUUCUCACAGCGCAAGUUACCUGUUUAAGAAAUGGAAGAAAAGAUUCUCUUUAUCAGAAUUGGAGAUGGCAACCCAGAGAUUGUUCUUUACCAAAAUUCAAAGCUAGAUUGCUUCUGGAGAAACUAAGAGGAAAGAGGCUGAUGUUUGUGGGAGAUUCAUUGAACAGAAACCAAUGGGAAUCCAUGGUUUGCUUGGUUCAAUCAGCGAUUCCUCCAGGCAGAAAAAGCUUGAACAAGACUGGAUCUCUCGCUAUCUUCAAAAUUGACGACUAUAAUGCUACGGUGGAAUUCUACUGGGCUCCGUUUUUGGUAGAGUCAAAUUCAGAUGAUCCAAAGAUGCACAGCAUUUUGAACCGUAUUAUCAUGCCUGAGUCCAUCGAUAAGCAUGGAGAGAAUUGGAAAAAUGUUGAUUAUCUCGUCUUCAAUACAUACAUUUGGUGGAUGAAUACUUUCACCAUGAAAGUUUUGCGUGGAUCGUUUGAUGAAGGAUCAACGGAGUAUGAUGAAGUUGAUCGGCCAGUAGCGUAUGGAAGAGUACUGAACACGUGGCUGAGAUGGGUUGAACAAAAUGUGAACCCUAAUCGAACCACUGUCUUUUUUAGCAGCAUGUCUCCUCUUCAUAUCAAAAGCUUGGAUUGGAACAAUCCAGAAGGGAUAAAAUGCGCAAAAGAGACAAUGCCAGUACUAAACAUGACAACGCCGUUAGAAGUGGGGACGGACCGUCGGCUAUUCUACAUCGCGAUGAACGUAACACAAACAAUAAAAGUGCCGGUCCAUUUCAUCAAUAUCACCGCCCUCUCCGAGUACCGUAAAGACGCACAUACCUCCGUUUACACCAUCCGUCAGGGCAAAAUGCUGACCGCCGAACAACAGGCCGAUCCCGCCACCUACGCCGAUUGCAUCCACUGGUGUCUGCCCGGCCUGCCCGACACCUGGAACGAGUUUAUUUACACACGCAUUAUUUCUGACUCCUAACAACGCCCUUACUAUACCAUUUUUCAUACCUCCGAUCCUCUUUCUUUUAUUUUUAUUUUUUUUUUAUUUUUUAAAAAAACAAGCUUUUGUAUAAUAUCUUCAUAUGAAAAUCUUCUUGGGGUUUCUGUUGUUGAUUUCCCCUUUUUUUCUGUUUGAGUUCUCGUGUAAUUUUUUUUUUUUUUUUUAAUGUAAGGUUAAAAGGAAAACAAUUAAUUCUUCUCUCCCAAAUAAAACAUGCGCAAGCCUUUGUU